AGGAUCAUCUAUCCCGUAAUCGUACCUAAGACGAUUCCUUUUGCGGGGAAGUACUGCCGGUGGUCGUUAUAACAACGGCAGCAGACCCACUUCCCCCCAAUUACCAUCUCGCCAUUCAUCAGCAACGUUCACUUGGAGCUCUUCAUUAGUUUCCGUUCAAUCACAUAGGAAAACAAUACAGCUUUGGGUGAUCGAUAGCUGAGCAUUGCAUUAAGCUGCUCCAACCAGAUGACGACGAUAACACUACUUGUCGAGCCGCCCACUCGGACCAUGAGUUUCGCACUCAACCGCAAACGAUCGAGGUUGAUGUUGGAGUCGGACGACGAGGAUGACAGCCGACUUGUACCGGCACACGCCUUGGCUGGCAGCAGUAGUAGCACCGGCCAUCUUUUCAAUAGCAACAAUAAUAGCAGCAAUGCAGCGUCGUUACUAUCUCCUACAGACAGCUUGAAGAAGACGAGAACGCAGGGCGAGCUGGACGAGCUGGACAUCAUACCGGCCGGCGAGGCGUGGAAAGUAGACCUCAAAAGCCUCCUGGAGAAUGUCCCCAUGCGCCCGAAGCCGGAUGGAAGUUUGCUGCAGCCGCAUGACAAUAAUGCAAGGUACCAGAGGGGCAAGUCAAUCACCGUCCUGUGUGUGCAGGGAGCCCUGCAGCUACACUACGAUCUUCUCUGCGAUGCGUUACCGGAGCUCUACUCGAUCUCACCCUCAUUGCAAGCCGUCGUCCUCUGCCGCGACCCGUCGUCCCACACUCCCACGAACACAAUCCCCUUCUCGUUACCUCUACUCCAAGCCGUCAAUCCCGGAAACAACUCAUUCGUCAAGCUAGGCCUGCUGCAUCCGCUGGGCGGUGGGCACUGUCCACUCGAUGCGCUCGUGGUCAUCGAUGCACAGGGACGACGGAGGCUGGUCCUCCCGUUCGGCUGGGGCGCCGGCAGACACGCUGGGACAGCUGGAGGGAAGCUGGUGCGCGACACGCUGAUGUCGCUGCUUAGAUCGUGCGUGGAGGCGCUCGCGAGAGAGGGUUGAGAUCGCGGCGUUGGUCUGGAGGCCCGUGGCAUCACACCGCGCAUUGAAGUUCGGGUAGGCAGGCAGGCGGGUUCCUUGCCGUUAAUCGGUAUUCUCGGGGGUAGAAAGUUGACCCCGAGAUGUUGUAAUAAUAAAUAUACAUAAUGUUUGAAUAGGGAGGGGAGACACGCGAUGCGAGCAGGUUCACAUAUCAGGGUAUACCCACAGCCAACAGUGGCGACACGAGUACAUAUUGCAUAAAUUAUUCAUUACUCAUUGCGAUAUCAUUCUUAUACACGCAUAAUCCUCCCUUUGAGAGCCAU